GACAGCAGAGAGCCCCGCCCCCUUCCCCUCCAUUCCUUCCUCUCCUGGUGCAUGGAAAUAUCUUUUGAGUUCGGCAAGUUGUAGCCGGCACCGCUGAGCGCGUUCCCCUUUGGGGCACUGCUUAUCUAGCAGUUGAGUUCAGUUUCUUCCGAAGUGAACCACUUCGUCUCCUUCACCCGUCUUCCUGAAUAAGGAAGCAACCGCCAAGCAUCAGCGGAGCCCUGAUGAGCCCGGGCGGAGGAGCCGCUUAGCAGUCUCCCGGGACCCAGCUCUAAGAGGAACCGCGAGCAUGCACCCUGGGUUGUGGCUGCUCCUGGUAAUAUUGUCUCUGACCGAGGAACUGGCAGGAGCGGGAGAGAAGAAGUCCUAUGGAAAUUCGUGUAUGGGCCGAGACUGCAGUGAAGGCUGUAAAUGCUUUCCUGAAAAAGGAGCAAGAGGGCGACCGGGACCCAUUGGAACUCAAGGCCCUACAGGUCGUCAAGGAUUCGCUGGUUCUAGUGGUUUAGCAGGGUUGAAAGGAGAAAGCGGCUCCCCAGGCCCUCUUGGACCAUAUGGACCAAAAGGAGAUAAGGGUCCCAUGGGAGUUCCUGGCUUUCCUGGCAUCGAUGGGAUUCCAGGUCACCCUGGAUAUCCAGGGCCCAGAGGGCCCCCUGGCCUGGACGGCUGUAAUGGAACAAAAGGAGCCACUGGAUUUCCGGGCUCUGAUGGUUACCGUGGACUUCUUGGACCACCCGGGUUUCCUGGUCAAAAAGGCUCUAAAGGUGAACCUGUCUUUGUCCAAAAUAGUCUCAAAGGAAUGAAGGGAGAUCCUGGACUGCCAGGACUGGAUGGAAUCACUGGCCCACAAGGGAGGCCUGGAUCGCCAGGAGCUGCGGGACCUAUAGGACCACCAGGAUGGCAAGGUCCUCCAGGGCCUACUGGUUUCCCUGGGCCUGAUGGGAAUAUGGGGUUAGGUUUCCAAGGAGAGAAAGGAGUCAAGGGGGAUGUUGGCCUCCCUGGCCCCGCAGGACCUCCACCAUCUACUGGAGAACUAGAAUUUAUGGGGUUUCCCAAAGGGAAGAAAGGAUCCAAGGGUGAACCAGGACCUCCGGGUUUCCCAGGAACAAGUGGCCCUCCAGGUCUCCCAGGAUUUGGAACUACUGAAGAAAAGGGAGAAAAGGGAAUCCCUGGUUUGCCAGGACCUAGGGGUCCCAUGGGUUUCGAAGGAGUCCAAGGCCCUCCAGGAAGUCAGGGCAAGAAGGGGUCCUCAGGUUUUCCCGGGCUGAAUGGAUUCCCAGGAAUAAAGGGUGAAGAGGGUGAUAUUGGCCUGCCAGGCCCAGAUAUUUUCAUCGAUACGGAGGGAACUGUGAUUGCAGGUUAUCCUGGGGACCCCGGCAUGCCAGGCCUCCCGGGCCUGAAAGGAGACAAAGGCAACCAGGGCCGUCGUGGCCCUUCUGGCAACCCUGGUUUACCAGCUUUCCCAGGUAUCCCAGGUGCCCAAGGACCCCAGGGAUUUCCAGGCCUGAAGGGGAACCAAGGAAACCCAGGACGCACUACAACUGGGCCAAUCGGCCUCCCUGGCAAAACUGGUUUGCCAGGUCUACCAGGCCUACCAGGCCCACCAGGUCCACGCAGUCCAACAUUUGAGAUGGGAACCCUCCAGAACACACAGCCAGGAUUCCCUGGUCUCCGAGGAGAACGAGGUCCAAAAGGAACCCCAGGCUUCAAAGGAGUAAAAGGUGACUCGGGUUUUUGUGCUUGUGAUGGUGGUAUCCCCAACACUGGACCACCUGGGAAGCCAGGCCUACCUGGGCCGCAAGGUCUCAUAGGCCACCAUGGCCUCAAAGGAACCAGAGGAGAUCCAGGUUCUAGGGGAGAGCAGGGCCCAUCGGGAGCUCCAGGCUUAUUUGGGCCUCAAGGUCCUACAGGACCCAAAGGAAAGAAGGGGGAACCAACUAUUAGCACAGGAUCUCGGAUACCUGGAGAGCAGGGAGAUCCUGGCCCCCAAGGACGUCCUGGUCAGGCAGGAGCCUCAGGCAAGGAUGGAAUACCAGGUCUACCAGGUCUUCCAGGUCUGCCAGGUGAUAGUGGACAAGGCUUCCCAGGUGAAAAAGGAUUGCCAGGACUUCCUGGUGAAAAAGGCCAUACUGGCCCAGUCGGCCCCCCAGGAAUUGGGCUACCAGGAUCUCCUGGACCACGCGGGCUUCCUGGAGAUAAAGGAAUAGAUGGAUUACCAGGGCAACAAGGCCUCCCUGGGCUUCCAGGUAUCACCUUACCUUGUAUUAUUCCUGGAGCCUAUGGUCCAUCAGGAUUGCCAGGAGCUCCCGGAUUCCCAGGUCCUAAAGGGGCCCGUGGCCUCCCCGGGACUCUGGGCCAGCGUGGAUUGCAGGGAGAUAAAGGAGAACCCGGAAAUCCAGGAUCGAUUCACCUCCCCGAAUUGCCAGGGUUUCCUGGACCGCGUGGGGACAAAGGUUUGCCUGGGUUUCCUGGGCUCCCUGGAAAAGACGGCUUGCCUGGUGAAGUUGGCAAUCCAGGUUUACCAGGUUCCAAGGGAGCCCCUGGUGACAUCUUGGGUGCUGAAAGUGGUGCUAUGGGCAAGCAAGGCCUACAGGGAUUGCCAGGGGACAGAGGACUUCCUGGAGACUCUGGCUUUCCAGGACCCAAGGGUCUGCUUGGGAAGUCGGGCUUACUGGGCCCCAAAGGUGAGCAGGGAAGCCCUGGAAAACCAGGCCAAGCAGGACUGCCAGGCUCCCCAGGGUCUAGUGGCCUGUUGGGCAUCAAGGGCCAAUCCGGUCUCCCAGGAUUACCGGGCAUUCCAGGCACUUCAGGGCAUCCUGGAAAGAAAGGUCCUAAAGGAGAAACAGGUUCCCCUGGAUCAACUGGAAGGAGAGGUCUGCCUGGGCUGAAAGGCCUCCCUGGAUCCCCAGGGCUAACAGGCUUCCUGGGGAACUCAGGCCUGCCAGGGGCCACAGGGUUGCCAGGUCUGCCUGGUCUGAAGGGUGAGAAGGGGAAUGUUGGACCAAUAGGUUUUCCAGGAAUGCCAGGUCUCCCUGGUAUUCCUGGUGCAAGUGGAUUGAAGGGAAUUCCUGGGUCGACUGGAAGAGUGGGACCAUCUGGAUGGGCUGGUAGCCCUGGCGAAAAAGGAGACAGAGGCACCCCAGGGCCAGCUGGAAGACCCAGUCCAAGACCACCAUUGAAUCUUCAGCUCAAAGGAGACAAAGGCUCUCAGGGUGCACCUGGAUCUCACGGAUUUCCUGGGCCCAAAGGUGACAAAGGACAGCCUGGCCACCCUGGGCUACCCGGCUUGCCUGGAGCUCCUGGAUUCCCUAGCAUCAUCAAGGGAGUCAGUGGGAGGCCAGGCCCCCCUGGUUCCACUGGACUACGGGGUUUGCCGGGCCUGAAGGGAUCCCCUGGGAUCACGGGUUUCCCAGGAAUACCUGGAGAAAGUGGCUCACAGGGUCUCAGUGGAGGUCCUGGGCUCCCAGGAAUAUCUGGUCUCCCAGGUUCAAAAGGAGAUCAAGGUCAGACACUUGGAAUUUACGGUAGCCCAGGACCCAAGGGACAGCCUGGAGAAUCUGGUCGUGAAGGUGUGAAAGGAAAAGAUGGACUAGAGGGUGAUGUAGGUUUCCCAGGAAACAAAGGUGCAGAUGGGAAAGUUGGUAUUUCUGGAGAUGAUGGCCUUCCUGGCUCCCCAGGGCUCCCUGGGAUUACAGGCAUGAGAGGAAACCCAGGGCUUCCAGGUUCACCUGGCCAUCCAGGCACGAGCGGGUCCCCAGGACUCCCUGGCCUAAUAGGAACCAAAGGUUUCCCUGGACUUCCUGGUUUACGUGGACUGAAUGGUCUUCCAGGAACCAAGGGAAGCCAUGGAAAUACAGGACCUAGUAUAACUGGUGUGCCUGGACCAGCUGGCCUGCCUGGUCCCAAAGGAGAAAAAGGGUCUCCAGGAACUGGUAUCGGAACCCCAGGGAAGCCAGGAAUAAAAGGACAAAAAGGUAGCCGAGGUUUCCCAGGUCUCCAAGGUCCCGCUGGUCUCCCCGGGGCUCCAGGCCUCUCCUUGCCUUCAGUCAUAGCAGGACAGCCUGGCGACCCUGGGCGACCAGGCCUAGAUGGAGAAAGAGGCCGCCCAGGUCUCCCUGGGCCCCCGGGUCCCCCUGGGCCAUCGUCAGAUCAAGGUGACCCUGGAGACCCUGGCUUCCCUGGCAUUCCUGGCCCUCAAGGGCCCAAAGGAGAUCAAGGAAUUCCAGGUUUUUCAGGCCUCCCUGGAGAACUAGGACUGAAAGGCAUGAGAGGUGAGCCUGGCUUCAUGGGGACUCCGGGCAAAGUUGGGCCACCUGGAGACCCAGGAUUUCCCGGAACAAAAGGAAAGGCAGGGCCAAGAGGCUUCUCAGGCCCUCGAGGUGCUCCUGGACAAACACCAAUUGCAGAAGCCAUCCAGGCUCCUCCUGGACUCUUGGGUCUACCGGGCAUUGAUGGCAUCCCUGGCCUCACAGGGGACCCAGGGCUUCAAGGUCCUGAAGGCCUGCAAGGCUCCAAAGGUUUACCUGGCAUCCCUGGCAAAGAUGGCCCCAGUGGACUUCCCGGCCCUCCUGGGGCUCUUGGCAAUCCUGGUCUCCCUGGACUUCAGGGCCCUCCAGGAUUUGAAGGGCCUCCAGGGAAGCAGGGCCCCUUCGGGAGGCCAGGAAUACCUGGGCAGAGCGUGAGAGUGGGCUACACGUUGGUGAAGCACAGCCAGUCGCAACAGGUGCCCCUGUGCCCCAUCGGGACAAGUCAGCUGUGGGUGGGUUACAGCCUGCUGUUCGUGGAGGGCCAGGAGAAAGCCCACAACCAGGACCUGGGGUUUGCUGGCUCCUGCCUACCCCGCUUCAGCACUAUGCCCUUCAUCUACUGCAACAUCAAUGAGGUGUGCCAUUAUGCCAGGCGCAACGAUAAAUCCUACUGGCUCUCCACCACUGCCCCCAUCCCCAUGAUGCCCGUUGGCCAGACCCAGAUUCCCCAGUACAUCAGCCGCUGCUCUGUGUGUGAGGCACCCUCGCAAGCCAUUGCAGUGCACAGCCAGGACAUCACCAUCCCGCAGUGCCCCCUGGGCUGGCGCAGCCUCUGGAUUGGGUACUCCUUCCUCAUGCACACUGCCGCUGGCGCUGAGGGAGGAGGCCAGUCCCUGGUCUCACCUGGCUCCUGCCUGGAGGAUUUUCGGGCCACUCCUUUCAUCGAAUGCAGCGGUGCUCGGGGCACCUGCCACUACUUUGCCAACAAGUACAGUUUCUGGUUGACAACAGUGGAGGAGAGGCAGCAAUUUUGGGAGGAGCCUGUAUCAGAAACGCUGAAAACCGGGCAGCUCCACACCCGGGUCAGCCGCUGCCAGGUGUGUAUGAAGAGCCUGUAGGGGGGCACCUGCCACUCUGCCCUUUGCUUUCCCCUCCCCCACACCAUGGCCACCUCACAGUCUGAAGAAGGAAGGCUUAAACCCUUUGCCCACCUGUCAAGCUGUACAUUGGAGUCUCAUUUGGGCUGGACUACUGGACACUGGUCACCUCAGCCCUCAGGCCCAAUGGGUGAGCUCACACUGCUGACAUCUGCUGUCCCACUUCAGUCAACCUGGUGCUACUAUUUGAUUCAGACGUUUGUGUGACUACUCAUGGCUACCUCAGAAAGACCUGCUAGGCGCCACUUUCUUCAACUAACUUUCCUCACUGUCUUGAUCAGAGAGUUCUUCAUAGUAGCAAAUAAGUCUUUUUUUUUCAUGUCCUGAGGUCAUCACACAUUUGGCUAAAGCCAGACCCAGUGUAUCCACAUAAAAAAAUUCUCUGACCAAACAUUCAUGGAUGGCUCAAAUCUGCAGAGGGCAAGCUGUCACUCUUCAAGGAGUCCCGUUGUGUCUAGGCAGGCAGCAAAGCUGCAAUGAGGCACAAGCCAGAAGCUUGAGGUGAGCUUUGAUUCUGAGAGUGAGCAUGAGUGGGCCCUCUAAUGCUUAAGGAGCUUUGAGGGCCAGCAGCUGAAAGGAGCUCAUUAACUUCAUAAGGUCCUAGACAAAUUACUUCCUCCUUGCCAGCUCCCUUCCUAGUCAGAGACGAAUAGCUUGGCUUGGUCCAGAGUAGAGCAGAGGUUGCAUCGAAUCUAGCCAGGCUCAUAAAGGAAAUGAGAAUCACAGCCCUUUCUCCCGGGCUGGGUAGAGGGGCGGAUGGGUAAGAGGUGUGAAUUUUUCUUUUAACUCCAGGAAAGAAAAAGGUAAAUCCCUUGUCUCAAUUUCUCGGAAGUCUCUCUUUAUUCCAAAUGCCAUCCAGAUGUGUGCAGUGUGGCAACUGAAGCUGCAAUAUGUUGGUUCCUCUGCAUUUUGUGGCUGGUAGAGACUUUCUAUUAAAAUGUCCAUCCAGUUGCUUUUUCACAGGUAGCCUGUCAAGCUAUUUUUAAAUGUUUUAAAACCUCAUACAAAUCUAGCAUACUCCUCUCUCUAGCAGUUGGCAGAGCUAAUGCAAGCCUGAGUUGACUAUCAAUGUGUUGUAUUCUGUUUGGGGAGAUUUGUUUUACCAUUUCCUUUUAUUAUCAAUUUUCCUGGAAUACUCUUAACCAUGUUGACAUGAGGCAAUUCCUUCCAGGUGAUUUUGUUUCCUUAAAUAUUAUGUAAACUGUGCCAAUAUAAAGCUAAUCAGUAUAAUCUGAAUUAUUGUUACCUUCACCUCCUAUCUGAAUAAUAAGCAUGGUGUCAGCUUUGUACAUUGCAAAUUAAAGGAAUUAAAUAUAAACAUUUGACUC